GACGGUAACCUGAUGAGGCACAACGGCCAGGUUCUUCCCAUGCCUCUUGGAGACCCUCAUCUCUCCAUCGACUACGAAGGAUCUUUUACCGCUCCCUAUGUCAUCCUCGACACGGAUUACGAGAACUUCUCGUGCAUCUACUCCUGCGUCGAAUUCAACUACGGAUACUACGCCGACUUCGCCUUCAUCUUCUCCCGCUCGCCAAGCCUUUCUGACCAAUACCUGAGACGCUGCGAGGCCGCCUUUAAGGAGAUCGGCGUCGACGUCUCUCGUUUCGCGAAGACAGUCCAGGGUUCGAACUGCCCCUAUGACACCCAGAAAUCUCUCUAAAUGCCUUUUUGAUAAAAUGUAAAUAUACGAUUAAGCGAUGUCAAUUCACGUUACACAAUAAAUAAAAAAAAUCUUCAAUUC